AUGGAAAACAAUAUGAACAACAACAAGGAAAGUUCUGCUCAUUGGUCCAAACUGGGUGGGAGAGCGUAUAAAAGCCCCAGGAUAGAAGGGGAGCCCUCAGCAUCUGAGCAGCCUUGCUGCCGCCCAACCUGCUGUCAGACCACCUGCUGUAAAACCACCUGCUGCCGGCCUAGCUGUUGCGUGUCCAGCUGCUGCCAGCCUUGCUGCCGCCCAACCUGCUGUCAGACCACCUGCUGCCACCCCUGCUGUGUGAGCAGCUGCUGCCAGCCUUGCUGCUGUAGCACUCCCUGCUGCCAGCCCAGCUGCUGUGGGUCCAGCUGUGGCGGGUCCAGCUACUGCCAGCCUUGCUGCCGCCCAUGCUGUGUGUCCAGCUGCUGCCAGCCUUGCUGCCGCCCUUGCUGUGUGAGCAGCUGCUGCCAGCCUUGCUGCUGUAGCACUCCCUGCUGCCAGCCCAGCUGCUGUGGGUCCAGCUGUGGCGGGUCCUGCUGCUGCUCACCCUGCUGCCAGCAAGUUUGCUGCAGUCCCGUGAAUGUCUGCAGAACCUGCUACCGCCCCACCUGCUGCUGUGUGCCUGGGUGCAUAAGCUAUGGCUGCGGAUCCAGCUGUGGCCAGAGCCCAUGCUGUGGAUCCAGCUGCUGCCAGCCUUGCUGCUGUCCAAAAUGGUGUCAGACCACCUGCUGUAAAACCACCUGCUGCCGGCCCAGCUGCUGCUGCCGCCCUUGCUGUGUGUCCAGCUGCUGCCAGCCUUCCUGCUGCUGAUCGCCUCACCAAAUAACCACCAUCUUCACACAAUA